AUGGCCAAGGCAAAGACAAUUGUCAUCUCAGGGCCCAUGGACGCAAAACAUGUCGGUGGCGUCAACAUUCUGGGCAACGGUGUUUCGAGCCUCAGCAGCUACUUCAAUCACUCUGGGGUCAUGCCAGCCGAGCCAUCGUCGUCCCAAGGUCUCGACAAGACUAAACAUGUGGAAGCGCGCGGCCGUUCAGACACUGUACCCAGUCCAAGUGGCCGACCAGGCCUUUCCUUGAAGCAGAGCUUCUCUAGGUUGCGGCAAAAGUCGUUUUCGCCUGCCCGACAUGGAGGCAGAGAUGCAACUGCAGCGGAUGGCCAUGGGGCCAGUCAAGGGGAAAAGACUAGCAGCAGCCCUUCUGGACAUCUAACGGCGCAGUCCAGUACAACACUAUCACGCCACAAGGUCGGAUUGGAUAGCGACUCCGAUGACACCGCAUCAAUAACGAGGGGCCGUACACUCGCACCACAGAAUCUAUCCGACUCACACGCGGAAACAGCCUCGAUAUCGCCAGACAGAAGAGUCCCAUCACGUCCUCCCACAUCCUCAUCCUCAUCUUUUAUCCACUUCAGCAUGCCCAACUUUGACCCACAUCUUACCUCAAGCACGGUACAGCGCAAACCCAUCGGCACACCAAGCCGCUCGCGUUCGCCCAGUCAACAUAGCACUACCACCUCUACCACCAACCCAACUCACCCGCCUGAACCACACCGCAAGGCGCACCGCACAGACUCGGGCACAGCCAUUGAUUUCAAAGACGUACCCGUCGAAGAACGACCCGUCCCGUUCCAGGAAAUCAUGGCCGUACCCAGUCUACAGGCCCGCAUGGCCAUGUACAAGAAGACGCGCGAAUACUGGGCCACUGCCGACCAUGGCUUGUCGGAAUGGGUCGAUCAGUCUCGAGUGCCCAAGCCACUUGUUUCAUGA